UGCGACGUGUCGCCAAACGCCCUGCCGCCGUCCAGCUCCAGCUGUCUGGGACACCAUAGGCAAAAAGAGGAAAGAACUAAGAAAGAAGUUAAAAACCGCUUCGCCGCUCCCCCCCAACAGCCUCAAGUAGCAGAAAACCCAUGGUCGAGGCUCAUUCAAACAAACUAACCACGCAGAUAUGAACACACAUCGGAGAAAGUCGCUGAUACCAAAGCCGUCUUUGCCGAACAGUAGAAAAGACACCUCCAGACUUUCCCCUGCCGCCUCCCCCAGGAAACAGGACUCCCGUCGGGCAAGCAUCUCCCCUAUAUCCUUUUCCAGCAUCCCGGUAUCUAACUCAACCACAGCUUCCUCCGCGUCUAGUAUCAACUCCCGCAAAAGGUCCGGAUCUUCAUCACUAGAGGAAUACCUCUCCACCCUACAGACCCACAUAACCGCAGAUGUGGAAGCUGAGCGGUCCUAUUUAUCCGAAAUCCUUCUUGAGAUAGAUUCCCGCCUCUUUCACUACCACCAGCUAUGCACGAAACUCAGAGACUUGCAGAAACGGGAAGCGAACCUGAGCAACACCAUCUUUGAGUAUGAAAUAGGAAUACCCGUCAAACAGUCUUUACUUGAUCAAGAGGUCUUGAAAGUGGAGGACGAUCUGGCACGGGUGGAGGAGCGCAUAGAUUUGGAGAAAACCGCCUAUGCAAAGGUAAUCGAACACAAGGAACAGAAAUUACACAACGUUUUGCAGGAAUUGGUAAACGAUGCCAAACGAGACGACGCUGAAACUGUCAAACUUCGUUCUGAGAGAAUGAAAAAAUUAAGUGAUGAGAAGGAAGAAUUAUUGAGAAAGAUUGAAGUUGCCAAGGUCAAUAUGGACUCUGAAUUGCAGCAGCUGAGGGAAUCUUUCAGCUCAGAGAAAGAUCUAAAAAUAAAGAAUUUUAAAGAAAAAGAGACGUUGAUAAAUCUUGAAUUACAGAAAUUGGAAGAGCAGCACGAAAAACUUAAGAAGGAAUACUCCACUUUAUCAUUUAAGCUUGAAACUGAUCAAUCUACUAUCAAGUCUUUGGAAAAAAAAAUUCAGUCAAAGAAAAUAAAGAUAGAAGAGCUGCAGUACCGUCUAUCAGAUAUGAAAUCAUUGAUAUCUGAGCUACAACUUGAUCUUGACAAUGCACUAACUUUAUUCUCUAAAUUUGAAAGUGGUGAGUACAAAGAAACCAGGGCAAAAUGGCUACUGGCAAAAACAAGAUUACAGCAGGAAAAACAUAAGCGCUUAAAGAUUGAAAUUCAAAUCCGUGAGAUAUCGGGUAUUCCCAAUAUAGUAAUAUUGGAUACUGACUCCAGUCACGCUUUGAAAAAUUCUAGUUUGAACGAAUUUUUCAAACCUCUUGGUUACGAUUGGAAAUCUGAAAUGCUAACCGCACUUGAAUCAUCGUUGGAGGGAGUUUCUUCAUGUGUGUACCUUUUUAACGAAGAUAAAAGCUCCAUUACCAAUUUAAGGUCAAUAAUUGUGCCCCAUUUAGAACAUGUUUUAAAGGAGCAAGAUAGAUUUAGUCAUUAUGACACAAAUUUUACAGAGCUGGAUACCUUAAACACUAUCAGCAACAUUCUUGAGGAUUCAACUGAAUUUCAGAUUUCAAAGUUUCCAUUAGACGUUAAUGCUCUCUAUGUUGAAAUGACUAAUUCAAAAACUUUGAAUCUACGUAAAGCCAUAAUAUUUCUGAUCACUGCUAGUGUUCCAUCGGAGUUAAAAUCAGAGAGCGUUCAGCAAUUUGGAAAGGCCGUUCAAUGCAUCACAAUCGCCGAAAACAUUUCAGCUUCCUGGAGUGAGUCAUUACAACUUUUCGCAUCUUUGAAGCCACUCCGUCUGCGUGAAUCGUACUCUUUUCUAAACAAGUAAAAUAUAUAAUA